AUGGUGACAGCAGGAGUAGUGGUGGCAGUGCUGCUGGAAGAGACGGUGAUGUUGGCAGGGAUGAGACUGAAAUCGAUUGGGGCUUUUUGUUGCUUCGAAGGAGUAGCUAUAGUGGUGGCUAAAAACAGUGCAUUUUUACUAAAUGUAUACUUUCGGGUUGUUGGAGCAGCAGCGAAUAGUUGGAGAGGGGGUGGGGAGUGCAUCAUACAUAUACCGUCGGUACCGUGGAUAAUGGCUGUAUCUCGAAAAGGAGCAGUAAUUACAUCAGGUGUGUGUAUCUUACCGUUGGUGGCUCUGGUCUCAGCCAUAGCUCACUAUGGAGGGGAUUGA